AUGGUCGAACUCAUCAACCCUCCAGACCCACGCACUCUCCUCCCUCCACUUCUCGCCUGUCUCCCCACAGCCUUUGUCUCCCCUCGUCCGCCGCCAGCACUCCUCCCUUUACUCUCCCCUAUUCUCCGCCAGCGGAUACAAAUCCUCACCUCCGUGUCUACCUCCUCCUCAGACUCCUGGCUCCGCCUGCUCUGUUGGGACACCACCAAAGCCGAGCGUGUGCAGAGCAUCGUCGACGAUUCAACCUUUGAGCCACACCCGGUCUCUGGUGAAAUCGAGCUGCCCAUUGAGAUCCCGGUGACCUAUAAGCGUAUCGACGAUGAGACCCUUCGCGCUCGGGUACUCCUCUCCGAGUACUGUUUGACUGUCAUCUAUCUCUGGUGUCCAGACGACGAACAGGGUGGCGGCCGGGGCUGGCGUGUUGCGGAACUACUUCCGCGCGAGGGCCCCGCUGAAGACGAGAGCUCGUGGGCGUCCUCGAUCGGCGAGGCCAAUGAUCAGGCCAAGGAGAAGCUUCUAGCCGAUGCGUUAGAUGACCGAGUCCACGCUCAACCUGCAGACAAUGGUCUUGUCCAGGACGAUGAUGAUGACGAUGAUUACUGGGCGCAGUAUGAUGCGACGCCGGGCAAUAAGACUCCCGCCCCGCGGGCAGGUUCUUCAAACCACCAGCCUUCGGGUCUAUCCGAAGCAUCGUACUUCUCACAGUACGGGAAUGUCCAGCCCGCCAUGGACAACCACGAUCCGGAAGAAGAGCAGCCCGAGGUUGGACCGUCCUCUCUGAACGGCGACAUGUUAGCGAGUCUGCUACGGCGUCAAGUCAAUGACUUCGACGACGCCUCGUCCGCCCCACGUACAAAUGGCUAUGUACAUGGCGAAGUCCCCAGCGAUGCCGCUGCCCGCUCUCUUAGCCACCCGCGCCCUGCAUCCGCCUCGUCGGGUAGCUCUGACGCCGUGGCCAAGUUGGAGCAAGAGGCCGAGAGCCAGAGCACGUACGAAGUAGGUGUGAAGCAGCACAUCGGCACAAGCAUCAAGAGCCUGUUCCGCCUGGCCAAGGCGACUGGAAUGUCGCGGGUCGAGUUCCAAGCCAUGGUCCGCACGGAGCUGGAGCUUUUGGAUGUAACGGAUAUGGACGAUUGA